AUGAGUGAAGAAGGUGGUUACCUUGGUGCAAUGACAUUUCAGUGUAUUUUCAGUGGAAUAUUCGAUCGUCUUAUACAGAACUGUAAAAAUAAUGAAAAUUCUUUGCAAACGUUACAGAAACUUCGGACAACGUUACGACAAGCAGAUAUUGUCUCACCAUCAUUUUUGUUUGAUUUUAUAAAGGUUUUGCUCAGUGAAUCGAUGCUCAAUAUUAAUUUACAGGAGGCUUAUUUGCGAUUGCAAUCCAAUGCACCAUCUACCGACUUGGAACUGCACAAUUUACCCAGAUAUUUGGAGCGGUCAGAAUUUCAAGAGCUUUCUUCAAGAGCUAUUGCCCUUCGUCGAGUGCUUGCGAGGAUUCCUGAUGAAAUGUCAGAUCGGCGUACGUUUUUGGAAACCAUAAAGGAAAUCGCUUCAUCCAUCAAAAAGUUGCUUGAUGCUACAAACGCUAUAAUGCAGAUUAUGCCACCUGGCGCACAACUCUGUAAGUUAUAUGAAACUGUUGAGAAGCGCAAGCGAGAAUUCGUACAUUAUUCAAAACGUUUCAGCAACACAUUGAAGGAAUAUUUUCGUGAUCAAAAUGCUACUCAAGUUUCAGUUUCGGCAAAUCAGCUGAUAUUUCAAACUACACUUAUUAUUCGUACUAUCCGUGAAAAGAUUUGUAAUCAUUCUUAG